AUGCAUCCAGAGGACCUGGCAUCGAGGCGAACACCUCGCAUGUCUAUGUCACCGGAUCCCUUGGAGCAUGCAAGCUUCUCCUCGCACAGCUCGAGGAUACGCUCAUAUACCCUCGACAGUCUAAAUAUCAGCUCCAUCGAGAACUCCAAAGGUCACCACCAAAGACUCGAAGAUUCGCGUCAAAAUAAUGUCCCCGAGCAGAAUGUCGAGGCUGCUUCUUGGGUAUUCACCGAUAUUCUCCAGAGCUUGUCUGUGAGAGAAAAAGACGACGUGUAUCUGGUUAUCACCAAGUGCAACCAGCUAGUGAGACUACUUCAGGAAACACCGGCAUUGAAGCACGAUAUGGCCAUCGACGUAGUUGUGAACCGUAUCCAAUUCAUGUUUUACCAUCCUGCCCCACAGCUACGAUGUGCAGCGUAUAGAGUUCUACGUUAUUCAGUGGCUUCGCUGGACUCUAUUUUGUUCAUGGUGCAACUGAAGAUUCUCAUAUCGAUAAUUGUGUCCUUUUCCGUUCCAUGCCCUCUCCUCGAAAAGCAAGAGGCCCUCAAAUUGGUCCGUGAGUUCUUGAAUGUCCCAGAUGGUGCAAUUUUUAUAUCAGUUGGUGUGAUUAAAGCUUUGGUGGCUCUCAUAGAGCACGAAAGCGACGAUAGUGGGAACUCAGGCGCAAACCCCUCAAAUCCUCAGGAUGACCAAUAUAUCAUUCCUUCUUCAUUCACGAAAUUAUGCACAGAGACGAUCUGCGAAAUUGCUGUGCUCAAACCACACAUUGUGUUUCACGGAGGAGGCUUUCGGUUGAUGAUAAGUCUCAUCACCAAUGGACCGGCUGAUGUGGCUGCGCCAUGUCUUGCCGUGCUCAUGACAAUAUUAGACAAACCCGAGGCAAGACUCUUUCUACGAAAUGGCCUCGAUUUGACGUCUCUCACUUCCGUCUACUCACUCAUAAAUGACGAUGAUGACGAUGAAAGCAAGCAAUCCAGCAGCCGAAAAUAUCAUAAUAGGGUCUUAAAGGUCACAUUCCUCAUCACUGUGUUCCUCAAGUGUUGGACGGGCAUUAUUUGCUUUUCUCACAAUAACUUUGAGGCCAUUCGUAUUAUAGUCUCAAAGCUCGGUGGAAAGAGCAAUAAGCUAAGGAGCAUCAUCCUUGAUCUACUCCUUGAUGUGCUCCGCAUCGAAGCUAUCCCCUGGCUUGAGGAGUCUUCGAUAUUCGAUCUAUUCACCAGCCUUCAUGUCUUUUUGAGCCCUGAGGAUCAUCUGAUCGACAGCAUACACCAAAAAUACCUAGAACUUCCUCCUAACAGUUUUGAGAAGACAGUUGUCUCUCAUUAUCAAGGCCUCACUUUAAAGAUCUUGCUUUCAUGUGAUGUUGUGCCAUUGAUUUUUGGUAUCAUUGACAACUGUAAAGUCGAAGCAAUCACCUCAAAAGCCAUUCAUCUCCUCACUAAUAUCUUCAAACUCUCUAUGGAUUUACUCCCGAAGAAAUUCUUUCAGUCACAUAUUUCCGAUGCUUACAAAAGGUCACUUUCGCUAUCAUCCAUUUACCAAAUCGAGGCGGCUGCAAGGCUACAAAGCAAAACCAAUCUGGACGCUCGACAAAGAAGCGAGGUGAAGUCGCAAGUCAAGGACUUGAUUGUUGAAGGCAGAGUCAGCAUGGAUGAUGCCGCUCUCAAAACGCUUGUAAAUCGCACGAAGUUGCUUACUCUGAAAGACUUUGAGGAUUGGGACUGGACACAAAUUUCACAUCUUUGUCAAGGACCUCUUCGAGACCAGAAAAGAUUUCAAGAUAUUCAGGAUAAAUAUCCUAAGGUUUUGAAGUAUCUCAUGUCAUUUUUUCGGCCCUUCAAGUAUCGGUUUAGUCGGAUGCCUCUUCGACCUAGUGAUACUUCGAAGCUUCGAAAUCCAAAGCGCAUCAUUCUAGUUGGUUGUCAGCUACUUGAGGCCUUGGUCAACCAUGAUUCUGGUUUCCGAUUUUUACUCGCAAGUAAGCUCAUGACGCAAAUAAGAGAGGCAUUUGCGCAAGUUAGUCCUCGCAGCGGUAUCUCUGCCAAGGAUCCUAUUUUAUCAAAACGCCAACUUGAAACAACAUUAAGUAUAGGUUAUGUCAAUUUCGUCGGGGUUCUUUCAUCGCAUACCAGAGGUUUGGUCCUCUUAGAAGAAUGGAAAUUCUUUCAACUCAUCGAUGGUAUCAUUGAGGGAAAUGUCAAUGACACUUCAAAUUCUCACCUUCUUUUCAACCUAUUGAACAACCUUGACUUCGUCAUAAAUAGUCCCUUGAGAGAUCUACUCGUAAAGGUUUUGAGAGUUUCGCUGGCAGAAACAAAGCUCUUUACCAUAGAAAAUGUUCUUUCCAAGUUAUUGAAAGUUGAAGAGUGUCAAGAGUUUGUGAUUGGAAACCUUUCCAACCUCCUUGAUGAUGACAACUCACCUGUUGUUAAGCUCGCAAUAAGUUACCUACAUGAAUUUUUCGUGUUGCAAGGGAACUUUGCAAGAAUCAAUAUUCUUAUUGAUAUGCGACCCUCUACCUUGAUAUUGUCGAAAUAUCCGCUUGGCAAGGAACUCUUAAUGACAUUUUGCAAGACAACAAAAGGAUUUCGCUUGCUCAACGAGAGUAAACUCGUUCAACGUUAUUUUACAGGAAGUGUUCGAAGCUCAUUGACUUUUGAAUAUUUAGAUCGUAUCGAGGGCACGAUAAAAAAAUACCUAUAUCCAUACCUGACUAUUUUACAGCGUGUGCGUGGUGUCCCCAGCGAUGACUGUCAUCAUUUUUUCCACUACUUGCUUUCCACUGAGGACGGAUUCAUAUUCUUUACGUCGCAGAGAGCAAUCUUGGAUGACAUCAUUAAUAAGACAUUUUCAAUUGUGCAAAAACUUCGCUUGCUUGAUGAAAAUGUAAAGGAACAAUUGGAGCCCGAAUUUUUGUAUGCGAAAGCAAAGACCACUGCCAUGGAGUCUGUCAGCAGCAAAGCGGAAAGCAUCGAGAGUGACGAUACUACUGAUGAACUGAAUCUUAAUGAAUCUCCCACUCGAUUUAUUGCAAGAGGCGACGUACCUAUCAUACAACCAAAAGAACUGGUGAUUGGAGUGUCUCACUUACCUAUUAAAUCUCCCGAGGAGGAAGAGGAGUAUAUGCUCAAGCGACUCAAACAGAACCUAUGGAUUUUAGGUGAAAUUGCCUCCUCUAAAUACGGAAUCCAAAUCCUUGAUCCCCUAUACAAUCCUAGUAUGAGAACAGAACAUGUUAUUGAGUUGAUGGUCCAGCUAUUCAAAGGUGCAAAGGACUGGCAAAUACGCGGCAUAGCUUUCCAUCAGUUGGGAAAGCUAGCUUCCACAAAUGAGGGCAUAGAAAUGCUAGAUGAUAUUGGUUGGGUUUCUGUUGAUAAUCUCAACCCAUUGGAUCCGCUUCUCCUAGCAUACCCUGAAUCAAUGCAGGGUGCAGAUGUGUUCGAUCUUGAGGUGCUUAAUCCUUAUAGAGAUGCAACAUACAUAUCUCUAUUCGGAAACCACAGUGACGAAUUAUGGGCCAAUCAGCAGCUAGAUCUCGAUGCAGAUGAUGGACUUGGCUUGCAGACGAACCAAAAGUUAGACGACAAAGCCUUGAGUUUAAUUAACCACCUAAGUUCGGUGUUGGGUAAAAUUGAGCGCAAAGCCACCAAAGAGUUGUUGCACAUCAAGGCUAGCAAUGGUGAGAUUUUUGAAAAUCCUAAUCUUUUUUUGAAAACCAUUCGACUUGUGGAUAAGGGGAAAUUCAAGUACAAGACACGCAGCUUCAUUUUUGGCCUUUUUGAUAUCGUCAAGAUAAUGGAGGCAUUGGUAAAACGAAGCAGGAGAAACACAAACGCCAAAAGAUAA